AUGCUCCACCAAACGCUCACCCCUUCUUCCCUUGCCUUCUCCGCCUCCGCUUCCCCCGACCCUCUCCCCUUCGCCUCAAACGCCAGCCCCGCCGCCGCCGCCGCCGCCGCCGCGACCACCCUUCGCCCCUCGGCCAUGCCGUCCUACGCGCACCACCACAGCUCUCUGGACGAGAGGAUGGACGCCCUCAAGGGCAGUAGCCGCCAGGAGGAGACGCCCGACGAGGCCGCCGCCGCCGCCGAGGCGCCGGCUGCCUGGGGCUUCGCCGAGCGGGACGGCUUCUCCGUCGAGGACCUGCUGGACCUUGAGGAGUUUUGCGAGCCGGAUAAGGACGGCGCCGACGAGCCCGAGGAGGCUCCGGCCGCCGACGUGAAGGAGGAGAAGUUGAACGACGGGCCCAACCAGCCCGUCGUGUCGUAUGAGCUCGCCCCUCCGGCGCCGCCCGCGCCGGAGAUUGUUGACCUGCCGGCGCAUGACGUCGAGGAGGAGCUCGAGUGGGUGUCCCGUAUCAUGGACGACUCGCUCUCCGAGCUGCCCCCGCAGCCGGCGCCGCCCGCGUCGAUGAUGGCCUCGUUGGCGCCACGCCCGCCGCAGCACCGGCUACCCCAGCGACACCCGCUACCGCAGCGGCACCCGCAGGAUGGAGCGUACCGCGCUCUGCCGUCCAUGUCCGACCCUAUGCGGACUCCGACCAUAUGCGCGCUGUCCACGGAGGCGCUGGUUCCGGUCAAGGCGAAGCGCAGCAAGCGCUCUCGGGCGUCGGGGUGGUCGCUCUCGGGCCCCGCGCCGGACUCCACCUCGUCCUCGUCGACCACCACCACCUCCUCCUGCUCCUCGUCGGCGUCCUUCUCGCCCUACUUCCUGCUGGACACGCCGCACUUCGGCGCCUCGGAGCUCAUGGAGGAGUACAACAUCCUGCCGCCGCCGGCCAAGAAGUCCAAGCACGGCAAGAGCAGCAAGCAGAAGGCCAAGAAGCGCGGGCGCAAGCCCAAGAACCUCCCCGCCCACCCGUCCAGCGCCACGGAGGCCACCCAGAGCGACCGGCGCUGCAGCCACUGCGGCGUGCAGAAGACCCCGCAGUGGCGCGCGGGGCCGGAGGGCGCCAAGACGCUGUGCAACGCGUGCGGCGUGCGCUACAAGUCCGGCCGGCUGCUCCCCGAGUACCGUCCGGCGUGCAGCCCGACGUACGUGAGCAGCGUCCACUCCAACUCCCACCGCAAGGUGCUCGAGAUGAGGCGCAAGAAGGAGGACGGCCCGCUCACAGUCACCGCCACCGCGCCCGCCGUGGCGUCGUUCUAG